AGCGUCUAUAUGUUACUUGUUAACACGUUAUUUUGUCGUUUAUUUAGUGAUGGGAACACCAAUAAAGGAUGUUGUUAUAUCAGAAAAUGCACCUAAAACACUGAUGCUACAGAAACAUGCUGAUUAUAUUGCAGCGUACAGCUCGAAAAAGGAGGAUUAUGAGUACUGUAUGACAGAGUAUCUACGGGUUAGUGGUAUGUACUGGGGAUUGACGGCCAUGGAUUUGAUGGGACAGCUUUCACGCAUGAAUAAAGAUGAGGUGGUAGAAUUUGUACAACAGUGUCAACAUGAAUGUGGUGGUAUUGGUGCUAGUGUGGGACAUGAUCCUCAUUUACUUUAUACCCUUAGUGCCGUUCAGAUAUUGACACUGUAUGACUGCCAGAAUUGUAUAAAUGUGGACAAGGUUGUAGAGUUUGUAAAAAAUUUGCAACAAGAUGACGGCAGUUUUUUCGGAGAUAAGUGGGGUGAAGUUGACACAAGAUUUUCAUUUUGCGCAGUGGCAUGCCUGGCCCUUCUAGGACGUCUGGAUGAGAUUAACACAGACAAGGCUGUGGAGUUUGUCUUAUCGUGUAUGAACUUUGAUGGAGGGUUUGGUUGCAGGCCAGGGUCAGAAUCUCACUCUGGACAGAUAUACUGUUGUGUUGGAAUGCUAGCUAUACUUGGAAGGUUACACAAUGUAAAUGCUGAUAUGUUAGGUUGGUGGCUUUGUGAGAGGCAACUUCCAUCUGGUGGACUAAAUGGUAGACCAGAAAAGUUACCUGAUGUAUGCUAUUCAUGGUGGGUGUUGUCAUCUUUGAAAAUAAUUGGCAAAUUACACUGGAUCAAUAAAGAGAAGUUGGUGAAGUUCAUGCUGGCAUGCCAAGACGAGGAGACUGGAGGAUUUGCAGACAGACCAGGAGAUAUGGUUGAUCCAUUCCACACAUUGUUCGGUUUAACAGGACUUUCAUUAAUGGGGGAGGAAUCAAUCAAACCCGUAAAUCCAGUUUUCUGUAUGCCAGAGGAGGUGAUUAGAAGAGCUGGUAUAAAAAUGGAGCUAUUGUGAUAGGGAGAUAAAUAGAAGAGCUCAGAAUAGAAAUGAACUAUUUCGGAGAUAGGGGUGAUUAAAAGAAGAGCUGUGCUUUGCUUUGAAACCUGUGUGAAAAGAUUUGAAGAGAAAAGCAAAUGGAAUUUUAAUGCUUUGUGACAAUACUUAAUUGUAUAAAAGGCUUUAACAUUACUUAAUUGUACAAAAGGCUGUAAAAGCAACUUCAUCUGUGAUAGAAAUUAUUACUGCUUCAACACCAGAUGGUUUGUUCAGUUGUGCCAUUUGUCAAGUACAUUUACAACACUGUAAAAUGAUGCAAGUGGGUUUUUUAAGCUUACCUGUGCACAAGGUGCUUUAGUGAUAAUGUGAUGUUCGUUUAGUGUCAUUCAUGAUAUAAUUUCUUAAUGCAACAAUUCCAUAACAACAUACAUGUAAUUGAUUUUUACCAAAAUUCACAUAAAAGGUCCUUCUACAAAAGUUAGAUGAAUGGAUCCACUGCCAUGCAUAAUUAUGCUAUUAAACUAGACAUAAAAAAAGAAAUAUUUAAAAUUCUUCUCAGAAACUACAGGCACCUAGAGCUUAGAUGUUUAGCAUUUAAGCAUCAUUGUACAGUUCUAUACAAUAGUUAUAUAAAUUUAGACCCUAGGGUCAAGAUUGGUCUUGCCCUAGGGUUUUCUUAAGUUUACAAAUACUUUAUAGAAAAACAAUCUUUAGUGUGAAACUACAUGGUCUAGAGCAUCUGCUGCAUAUAGCUCGAUAUCUACAGAGGUUUUUAGGCCAAACAAUAGGGUAGCAGAACUCUCAACUACAUAGAAUUCAGAACACAUUGAUUUGUAUCUGUAUUUAAAUGUGACAGUUAUUUCCCAAGCGCCGGUAAUAAGUCACCUUUAUGUAUGUUGUUAACCAUGCUUUGGAGGGUUCCAAAGGGUGUUUAAGGAUAAAUUUUAUAAAUAUAUUAUUUGGGAGGCAAUUUAUUUGUGACCCUGCAAUUAAUAUUAUAAAAAUAUCUUUAGAGCCAGUCAAACAUUUACAAAAACUUGAUCAGGAGAAGAUAAAAGAAUUUAACAAAGAACUCUUGGUAUUUCUUUUUGUUUGAUUCACAUUUGUAAUCCAUGAUUUCACUUUCAUUGUUUAGAAAAAGGAUUUAACGGUCCACAUUUGAUACAUUUUUGCCCUUGUACUAGACAGUCACUUGAAACAUAAUAUUUAUUAUCAUAUCAGUGGGAUUCUUUUCUUUCUUCAAAUUGUUGUUUUGAUGAUCCAUCACAGGUGCUGGUAAAAUGUAAGCUUUCUGUUUUUAUUGAUGUCCAUUUUGGUUAUUUAUUCCAUUUUCUUGUUCUUGGUGUCACUGUUGAUUUAAAGUCCGUAGUAGGUUUGUGCCUGACGCUGACUCAGUUUGUAUGUUUGAGCAACAUUAACGCAUAUUUCAAGUGUUCAUCUGAGCCUUCUACCGACCUUAUUCCAAAGACAAUAUGAUCGCUAAUAAAAUCUUGCUGCAUAUCCACAGGAUUAUCACUGUCCUUAUUCUGUAACAAACUGUUCAAAUGGUUCAUUUUCUUAUUGUGAACUUAAUUUGAAAAGAUAUCUGUUAUAAAUAAUGUUACUUUUUGGUGUGCAAUAUUCUUUGAAUUUAUAAUGUUAAUUUAAUUUCUUUCUCUGUUCAUUUGAUAAGUCUAUUGUUGAGUAUACAUGUAUCUCUUGUCCCUUUUCACGGACCCAUAAUUUUAUAUAGGUUCGACGAAUUUCUUUGUUUUACUUGCCAUCGGCUUGAAUUUUUUCAAUGUCCUUUAACCACGACAUCUUGUACUGUUUAAAUUCUUUUAAUUCCAGCCCAUACAAGGGAUUUGUUAAUAAUUAUUUUCCAUCAUGCUUGUAACUUGUCUUAUAAAUUUUUCUUUUUAUUUCUUUAUACAUGUAUCUUGUCUACUUUUUAAUUCUUUAUAUAAACAUUUAGCUUAAAUAAUUUUAUCAUCCUAAAUCUUAUGACACCAUGUUGUAUUAAGGGGCUUUUGAUGUUUGAAGUGCACACUGUGUACAUAUUAAUAAAUAUAUAUAUAUAUAAUAAUAUUGUAAUAUAUAAAUUAGCAUUAUAUGAUGUACAACAGGCCACUGAUUUAGGAGGUUUUUGAAAAAUUGUUUAAAUAUCAACAAAAAAUUAAUCUUAAAUGUUUUGUAUUCAGGAACCUUAAGAAUGUACCAGUUUCCAUUUUCAUACAUAUUUUUUUGAAGUUAAUGUAAGAUUUUCAACUUAACUUUGUAUAGGUGGUGCAAUAUUUAAUAAAAUACUGAAAGAUAAUUAAAAUAUUGCAAAAAAUGUGA